CCGUACCAGUCGCGCGCUGCUGAAGGUGUGGCGCAGACCUAACAGUCGUGAACAGAAGUUAGAUCCUCCCGCGGACAUGGACGUGUUUAUUCGGUGAGUCCUGUUUCGGCCAGUGUUGGAUAUGGAGUUUAAAGCGGGUUUGUGGACGGCGGUGUUCCUGUUUGUGCUCCAACUCACGCACAUUUCAGCCAAAAAUAUACCGACAUAUUUCCGACCGGGGGGAACCCUGAGCCUCAGCCCCACCGCGGUUCCGGACCCAGUCAGAAGUGUCCUGUGGACGCACAAUGGGAACCUGGUGGCGGAGUGGAUCAAAGAUGAGAUUGAACUGCAGUACUACGGUGUGUUCAGAAACCGGACCGAACUGAACACAACCACCGGACAGCUGCGGAUCACACAGACCACGGAGGCCGACAACGGCGAGUUUUCAGUGGAGCUGAACAACGUGAUUCAGGCGGAUCGGUACGAGGCCCGGAUGAUCCAGGAGGUUCCGGACCCGUAUGUGUGGGUGAGGCCGAACAAAGACCUGUACGUCCUGUACUGUGACCCGGUACCGGGCCAGGAGGCAGCUCUGCAGGCCGCCGAACCCGUGUCCUACUGGUGGAAAAUAGGAACCGCUGACUGGGCCGAGUUCGGAAACAAACUGGAAGUAAACGACAACGAGACAACCCGGCGCGCGGAGACGUUCACGUGCAAGAUGGUAAACCCUGUGAGUGAGAAGACCAGCCAACCCGUACAGAACCCCCUCAACGGACAGGCUCCUUCGACCGGAACGGCUGUGGGUGUGGGUGUGGGUGUGACUCUGUUUCUGGGUCUGUUGGCUGUGUUUUUGGCUGUGUACGCCUAUAUAAAGAAGAAGUUUCCUUUCAAUCGGACCGGAAACGCCCCAGUUUCUUCGGGUGCAGAUGAAAUAGAGACAGGUAAGCUGAAGCCCUCCCCAGAAGCAGAGACUGGACGUACAUAACAGCCCACUGCAGAACCAGGGCUGUUCCUGCCUUCACAUGCUUUGGAAAUUAUGGUAAAUACUAGUUGCACGUAAACGCCCCAUCACGUCGUAUUUUCCACUGGAGAACUGAGAAAGAAAUGUUCCACGACCUGCGGACAUGAAAAUAACCUGUGACCCUUUCAACAUCAACGAGGAAUUCAUCUCAAAUAAUGAACAAUUUUUUUUUUUUACUAACGUCCUGCUGAUGUAUGUGCACUUUUCAUAGCGUACGCAAUGAGCAAAAAAAAAAAAGCUGUUGCAGACAAAUUAACGCAUCCAAAACUGUUUUAUCCAGGUAGUAG